GCGCUCAACUCUGUGAAGACGUUUGUCAACAAAUGCCGCUACUUGGUGCUUUUGUCUGUUUUUUCCAUGUGAAUGAAUGGAACAUAAUUUCAAACAAGAUAUCGCUCAAGAUUAGUUGCUGAACAUAGCUGAGAAGUUCACAUUUGAGAAUAACUGAUUUAAAGCCUGACCAUGGCGACAAUUGGGGAUUUCGACCCGCUCAACUCCACGGUACCUGCGACCAAGAUUGAAGUUACCGUCUCGUGCAGGAACCUGCUGGAUAUGGACAACUUCUCCAAAUCAGACCCUGUUGUAGUGUUGUACGUUCAAGGCAUCGGGACAAAGGAGUGGAGGGAGUUUGGCCGAACGGAAGUGAUCGAUAACACGCUGAACCCAGACUUUGUGCGGAAGUUUGUCCUGGAUUUCUUCUUUGAGGAGAAGCAGAAUCUUCGCUUUGAUGCGUACAAUGUGGACACCAGAAGUUCAAACAUUUCAAAACAUAAGGACUUCCUGGGCCAGAUGUUCUGCACUCUGGGGGAGAUCAUCGGGUCCACAGGCAGUCGGCUGGAGAGAACCCUCUCUGGGAUCCCAGGGAAAAAGUGUGGGAACAUCAUAUUCACCGCUGAGGAACUGAGUAACUGCAGGGACAUUGCUACCAUGCAGCUGUGUGCCAACAAGCUGGACAAAAAAGACUUCUUCGGCAAGUCAGACCCAUUCCUGGUCUUCUACCGCAGUAAUGAAGACGGAACGUUCACCAUCUGCCAUAAGACGGAGGUGGUAAAGAAUACUCUGAACCCUGUGUGGCAGCCCUUCACCAUCCCCGUACGAGCCCUCUGUAAUGGAGACUAUGACAGGACAGUCAAGGUGGACGUGUAUGAUUGGGACAGAGAUGGAAGUCAUGACUUCAUUGGCGAGUUCACCACCAGCUACAGAGAAUUUUCCAGAGGCCAGAGCCAGUUCAACGUCUAUGAGGUUCUAAACCAUAAAAAGAAAGGCAAGAAGAAGAAAUAUAUCAAUUCAGGGACAGUCACACUGCUGUCCUUUAAAGUGGAGUCAGAAUACACGUUUGUGGACUUCAUCCGGGGAGGGACGCAACUCAACUUUACAGUGGCCAUCGAUUUCACAGCGUCUAAUGGUAACCCGUCCCAGCCCACCUCUCUGCACUACAUGAGUCCCUACCAGAUGAAUGCCUACGCCAUGGCCCUGAAGGCUGUGGGGGAGAUCAUCCAAGACUACGACAGUGACAAGAUGUUCCCCGCCUAUGGCUUCGGAGCAAAGCUGCCCCCGGACGGCAAGAUCUCCCAUGCCUUCCCACUGAACUCCAACAGUGAGAACCCAAACUGUGUGGGUAUCGAGGGUGUGUUGGAGGCCUACUUCCAGAGUCUCCGAACCGUUCAGCUCUACGGGCCCACCAACUUCGCUCCUGUCAUCAACCAGGUGGCACGGUGUGCUGAGGAUGUGACUGACGGAUCCCAGUACUUUGUGCUGUUGAUGAUCACAGACGGAGUCAUCUCAGACAUGGUGCAGACCAAGGAGGCUGUGGUCAAUGCUGCCGCUCUGCCCAUGUCUAUCAUCAUAGUGGGAGUGGGACCUGCUGAGUUUGAUGCGAUGGAGGAACUGGACGGUGACGAGGUCAGAGUGUCCUCUAAGGGGCGCAAUGCCGAGCGAGACAUAGUCCAGUUUGUGCCUUUCCGGGACUACAUAGACCGCCAGGGCAACCAGGUGCUGAGCAUGGCACGGCUAGCCAAGGACGUGUUGGCAGAAAUCCCUGAGCAGCUGCUCGGUUUCAUGAAGACGAGGGACAUCGAGCCCCGUCCGCCUCCUCCACCACCACUACCACCCCGCUAG